AUGGUGGCCUCGCCAAAACCGGCGGCUUCACGGGUCGGGUCCAAACCCAACCCGUUUCUUGGCGGGUUUCGGGCUGGGUAUAGGUUUGGAUAUCCAACCCGCGGGUUUUUAAAGGGUACCUGCGGGAUUUUCCUUAAACCUAGCUACCGGGUGCGCGAAGCUGUGAAAGGCGUAGAUGGUAUUAUUCGCACAGGAUCUACGUUCCAAUUUGUUGUCAAAGACCAAAAGAAAGACCUACUUCAACCUGCAAUCUGUGGUACAACAGCAAUGCUUCGGGCUGCGCAUGCGCACUCGCCUCAAGUAACUCGGAUUGUCAUCAUUUCGUCUUUCGCCGCCAUGAUUCACUUACGCAAGGGGCUGUGGCCCGAGCAUUCAUAUUCUGAAGAUGACUAA